AUGUCUACAAUUUCACGGCCAGCUGUUGAUAUUCAAACGAGCCGCGCUGAGAUUCAAGCUGAUAUUAAGCAAAUAUUAGCUGAAUUUGAGGGAGUAAAGCAACAAAAUCAUGAUCAGCAACAUUCUAUUAGCCGAAAUAUUUUAUUAGUGGGACUCUCGAAGAGUGGCAAAACAACAUUGAGACAUGUUUUAACUGAUCCACAGUAUGUAGCCGAAGAACAUUCAUUGCAGACGAUCGUACAAACAGUUGCAACAUGCGACCGAAACAUUCAUUUAGCAUCAAUGAAUGUUGUAUUGAAUAUUGUCGAAUUACCUGAGCAAAUGAUUAGUGAAGAUCGUAAUCUGGCUGAAAUUAAUCUAGAAUGUAGUCGUCUUGGUAUUCAAGAUUUUCAUAUCGUUUGCUUUUGCAUAUCGUUUGACACUGGCAUUAAUACAAUAGCUCUGCAAUCAUUUCAACGCUUUGUAAAUCAUUUCAGUGAACAACAAGUGAAACGAAACUUGUGCAUAAUUAUUACUCGAUGCGAAUCCAAAGAUGAUGCACAGAGAGAUAGAUUGCGCCAAGAACUCAUCAAUGACAUCGAGUUCAGACCAAUUUCAAGAAAUCUUGCACGCGGAAUUCAUUUUUCAGGUGCACUCAAUCAUGAUGAUUGGAAACGAGCUAAUACAGCACUUAUUGAUCAAUUCGAAACAAUUUAUAAUUACAGAAGGAGCCUAUUGGAUCUAAUUGUAAGUGAUAUCGAAUGUUUUCACGUACCAGAACCAGAACCUCAUCCAUCAACUUCAUUUUCAAAAAAUGGCAAUUCGAACUCUCUACAGUCAAACAUUCUAUCUUUGACACAGUCACAAAGCUUGCAUAUAGAUCAAUUUGAUGCACACAGAACAGUUUCAUCUCAACCGCAUUCGGAAAAUCAACAAUUAGAAGUACCUACGUAUCUAAUACCCGAUGUAGACACACCACUGCUACCAAAAGAUAGAAAAUGCAAAUUAAUUUCACGUUGGUUUCGAAAAUGUGCGUAA